AUGCAGGCUGCCGCAGCGAAGCAGAUAGCUCCUGGUAAAGCCUACCGCAGUAAUGGAGGAAACGUCCGGAAAGAUGAACCUUCUAAUCCUAAGAAAGCAAAUGUGUUCUUCUCUUCCAAUGGUUGUAAUGAAGCCAGAUCGGCUUUUCUUGAUGAUGACCGGGAUUCCUUGGCACCAGAUCAAAGAGCUGAUGACACGGAACUGAGCAGUACUGACACAGUGGACUUCCUGGAGCCAUCUUGUCCUGGGAGCCUGGACGCCAGCAGAGAGCGCACUCACUCACAGUCCAGUGAGUUCGAAGACAGUGCCAACUGUGCUUUCUUGAAUGAAACAUACUCCAUACAUUUUUCCGAGUCAGAACGAAAGAAUGAAAGUCUCAUUCGCUUAACUUCAGAAUUGGAUUCUGAAAUGCAGAACACAGAAGGGGUGUGUUUUGAUAUUUUGGAGCAUCAAGGUAUUAAGAUUAUUGGCUUGGAAAGAACCUGCAAGAUUUCAGAUGACGAUUAUAAAGAAACUGCCGAAGAUGAGCAGAAGCAUGAGAUCGACGAGGACUCCCAGCAGGAGUAUCAUAGUGCAGAGGAGCAAGAACACAUAAGUGCCCAUGUAUCUUUUGACCAAACGAAAACAUUAAACACACCUGAUCUGGAGGUUGUUGGGUUAAGAAAUUCGGGUUACGAAGCUGAGUGUGCUAGCCAUCUAGACGGUAAUCGUGUCGAGUUGGCAAGUGAUUCUAGCAUCUUUCUAGAUUCAGUUGAUGUUUAUGAACAAGAAGAUGCACCCCGUGGCUCCAAGUUUCAGAUUUCUGUUGUGUUAAGAGACUAUCACGAACCAAAGCAUGACAUGUGUAAGGAACAAGAGACUAGUUUAAUGUACCACACGGUAUUUGAUGAAAUUGUACUAGGGAGCAGUCCCCUUGAAAAUCGGGAAUCUCGAUCUAAGAGUAGUUUCUUGAACCCUCAGAAAGCACUAAAAGCUACAACCUAUACUGGCAAAAUGAAAUGUCAAAUAAUUGAAAGUAAAGAUUUUUGUGGGAAUGAAAUCGUUGAGAAGCAAAAGUCGCACCACCUUGGAAAUCCCAGCACAUUACAAGAAGACAGAGCUUUACAGGUGUUACUCCAACCCGGUCAAGAUUGUCAGACUUCCUGGACCUCUGCUGUUGAUGAUUCAGUAAUUUCUCCCUGUGGAUAUUCACAUUAUAGAAGCCUACAAAAUACCCCCAACCCAGCCUUAGAUGUUUCCGUUACUACCCCGAGGAUUACAGCCAGAGAUCAUGAAGCAGUGGAUGAGAUCUCUCUAAAAGCUGCUGAUGACAGCACCACAAACAACUCGUGUUUUCCCAGCAUAGAAGGAACACGUCCUGAGUUGGUGAUGGAUGCGGCAAGUGACAGAGUCACGGUUCAUCAGACGGUGGAUGUUUGCGCUGACUUUAGGGCUUGUUUCACAACCAGCAGGGCAACGAGUGCGAGACCUUCUGUGGUAUCUACGUCAAGCAAUACAGACAUAACCAUGAUGAACAAAAGGCGGCCUGGGGAGUGGCAGGGUGAGAGACACAGAAGUGUGGCCUGUAAUACAGAUGGGCCACACAGCCGAGAUCAUGAAGACACACCAGUGACGAUGAGCAGAGGACCACUGGGGAACUCUCUCUCAGUUGACAGUUCAGAGCCUAAUGGAAAUCUCCUAAACAAGGAUUCCCUGGAAUUAAGAAAAACAUCUGCUAUUACAGACUUAAAGAAACAUCCUGAAAGGGAAUCUCCGCCUUGUGAAGAGGCGGGGAGGGGUUUGGCCUCCCGGUGCUGUGAGGACGCGAGGCGAAGAGCCGCGAGGGCAGAGCUGCACCUCCUGCACCUUCACUACCAGCUGUGUCAGCGCCACUGCAGUGACAUUUACAAGCUUGUCACGGAAAACAGGGAGGGGUUCAGCAGGAACCUAUGGAGUAAUUGUGCUAAGAAGCAAUUAGGAUCGGCACUACUGUCUGUCUGGGGAGACUUGAAGGUUAGGUACGAGAGCUUGAAGGACAGAAUACACAAGGGCGGGCCGCUGGAGGAGCUGCCCCCGCUGUCUGUGGAAUCGAAGUUACUAUCGACCUUUUCUACUCUGGCUCUCACGCUAAUGAAAGAGGAAUCACACGUCUUUUCAGGAGCAGAUUCUGAACUAGAUAAUCAAAAUACAUGUGAUGUUGACGUCCCUUCACGCCGAAAAAAGACUCCGUCUCAAAUGUCCUUACUAUCUGACGAUAGUUCUCCUAAACAGGAUACUUUACCCAAGGAAGAUGGCUUAAAAAAUGGUGACAUAGAUAUAGACUUUAGUCAGCUGAAACUUGAUGAAAAAGGCUGCAAAAAUUACCGAGAAGUAAGUGAAGACUGGUUUGAUGCUAAAGAAAACCUGACAGGAGUUGACUUGUCAGGAAUACAAGAAAAUCAAAUAGAGAAGGGCAAAGGGGAUCCAAAGUUUACACAAGAAAUGAAAAAUACUGAACCUUUACGAAAAGAGAAAGGUUAUUUGAUACAUGUUGGUGGUCUCUGCCCUUCAGUCUCUGAGGCUGACUUAAGGUCUCAUUUCCAGAAAUACCAAGUUUCUGAAAUCGCAAUCUAUGAUUCAACUAAUUACAGGUAUGCAUCCCUUGCUUUUAAAAAAAGCAUUGAUGCGAAGAUGGCCGUGAAAGAAAUGAAUGGGAUAGAAAUAAAUGGGAAAUCAGUAAAUGUGCGUCUUGUGAAAACUCCUGGAGAAUAUACAUCAUCUCUUUCCUGCAAAAAUGGAAUGGAGAGAAGCACCAGCAAGGAAAUUAGCUCAGCCUCCUCUGUUUCGAGAUUGCCCAGAACUAGGCCAAGGCAGCUGGGAUCUGAGCAAGACAGUCAGGGUGUCAAGAAGAAUUGUAAACAGAUUGAAUCUCCUAAAUUAUUACCUGAUACUCCUAUUCGAUUCAUACCUCCAAAUACGUUGAAUCUGCGUAGCUUUACCAAAAUCAUGAAGAGACUGGCUGAACUACAUCCAGAAGUUAGCAGAGACCAUAUUAUAGAUGCUCUUCAGGAAGUAAGAGUAAAUCAUAAAGGUUUUCUGAAUGGCUUAUCUAUUAAUACUAUUGUGGAAAUGACUUCAUCUGUUUUGAAAAACUCUGAUUCCAGUUAG